AUGUCGGCCGUGCCCAAGAGCGGCGAUACGAUCCAGAUCAGGGAAGUGUGGAGCGACAACCUGGAGGAGGAAUUCGCCUUGAUUCGCCAGAUCGUGGACGAGUAUCCGUAUGUCGCCAUGGACACGGAGUUCCCCGGGAUCGUCCUCCGCCCCGUCGGUAGCUUCAAGACGAACGCGGAAUAUAACUACCAGACGCUCAAGUCCAAUGUCGAUCUCCUCAAGUUGAUCCAGCUGGGCCUCACAUUCUCCGACGAGCACGGCAACCUGCCCACCUUUGACACCGGCCUCCAGUGCAUCUGGCAGUUCAAUUUCCGCGAGUUCAACCCUCAGGAUGACGUCUUCGCCAACGACUCCAUCGAGCUGCUCCGCCAGUCGGGUAUCGACUUCAAGAAGAAUAUCGAGAAAGGGGUCGAUGCCCAGCGAUUCGGGGAGCUGCUCAUGUCGUCGGGUGUUGUCCUCAACGAUGCUGUCCACUGGGUCACAUUCCACAGCGGCUAUGAUUUCGGAUACCUCCUCAAAUUGCUCACAUGCCAUAAUUUGCCAGAGACCCAGGCUGGAUUCUUUGAGCUGAUCAACCUAUACUUCCCCACUCUGUAUGACAUAAAGCACCUGAUGAAGUUCUGCAACAGCCUCCACGGAGGGUUGAACAAGCUUGCUGAGCUGUUGGAGGUGGAGAGGGUUGGCAUCUGUCACCAGGCGGGCUCAGACAGCUUGCUCACAGCCGCUGCAUUCAGGAAGAUGAAGGAGUUGUUCUUCAACGGGUCAACCGAGAGAUACACCGGUGUAUUGUACGGUCUUGCUGUUGAAAAUGGAAUCAACACUCAUUAG